AUGAAUAGUCUAGAGCAACUUGCAUUUAACCAAAAUGUGUUGGUGAGACUUCCCUCGGACAACCUGAAAAUUGUGGAAUUGAAACCCAAUGGAGUCCUGUCACUAGGUAAAUUCGGUGCUUGCUAUGUUAACGAUAUAAUUGGCUAUCCAUUAGGAACAACCUUUGAGAUCUGGUAUGACGGAACUGAGACUGAGACUGUACGUGGAUCUUCAUCAGUAAUUGGAAAAGUUAAGGUUAUGGAUCAUAGGGCAAAUACGAAUGCACCAGGAAACUCCGAAGCAUCUCCUCAGCCAGCUGAACUUGGAAAUGUCGAAAGCAGCAAAACCAAUGUGAAUCUGUUUGACAUGGGACAUAAGGUACAGAAAUUGGAGCAUCAAGAAAUAGAGAAAAUGAAGCUCGACGCUGUGUCGGGCACUGACAUUAUAUCGAAAAUGAUAGAGUCCCAUGGUAGUUUCCACCAGAAAACGAUCCAAUCCCAGGAAAAGUACCUGAAGCGUAAGAAACAGAAAUUUGCAAAGUUUUUUACCGUAGAGUACCUGGGUAGUUCGGAACUGUUGCACUUUCUUCUUGAGAAGGGAGACGUGAUGCGGGUCAUGGAUCUAGCUGAGGAGUCUCUUGGGAUGAUCUUAAACCUGGCUAAUAUCCACUCAGGCGGUAAAUAUUUAUGCAUGGAUGAAACUGGUGGUAUAGUGGUGUAUGCCAUGAUGGAGCGAAUGUUUGGUGGUCUAGAGGACGACUUUGAGGGCACCAUAGUGGUUCUCCACGAAAAUGAGCAUGCAAACUUGGACUUACUAAAGUUUGCUAAUUACUCUCCGGAAUUUAUCAACAAGCAUGUGAAGACGAUAUCAAUAUUGAACUACUUUGAACCACCAACUUUAGAAGAGGUCAAUGCGUCGUUCACUCCUCUUGAUGAGACCCAGCUACGGGAAUUGAAGAGCAAUAAAAAAGGUGCGUACUACAGGCGCCUCAAGAGAUACCAAGCAGACCUGGAAAUGGUUAAAUUGAGUUCCGAUAUAAGCUAUGAUGCUCUAGUCACUGCUUCAACAUUACAGCUAUCAACACUAAUCCCAAGGCUGUCAAAAAAUGUCCACGGCUCUAGACCUAUAGUCUGUUAUAGUCAGUUCAGAGAACCUUUGCUGGAACUAUCGCAUUGUCUUUACGAGCAGUUGGACUUCUUGGCGCCAACACUACUGGAAACCCGCUGUCGGCCUUAUCAGACAAUAAGAGGCAAGUUACAUCCUCUUAUGACGAUGAAGUCGGGUGGUGGCUUUCUAAUGUGGACGCAUAAGGUUAUCCCUGCGGUUGACGAUGGUAGCCUGCAAAACACCGCAGAGGUUACGGAAACUUCUGAAUGA